GAAGACGCUCGUCAACCGAUCAAGAAGAGUGAGCAGGGCGGCUUGGUCCCUUCGCUGCUCCCCGACCCGAUCACGCACCGCCAUGGCUUCUACCUCGGCCGAUAUUUCGGACGGCGCCAGCGAUCCCUUCGCGCGCCCCCGUGCCCGAAGACCUCCCCAUUCUCAACUGUCGCAAACGAGCAACAACGCGUCCGAGGUAAACGGCGGGAUUGAAACUCCAGGCAAUGGCCAUGCGACUGCUUCAACGAGCGGGUGCUCAACACCGGUCCCUUUCGAUGCGCCCCCGUCUGUCAAGUCGCUUUCGACAGCGCGCAAACAGGUCCGCGCAGAGCAGCAGCGCCGUCGUCUCUUUCCCACCAUCGAGUUCGCCAGCCGCGUCUCCCACUUCGAUCCAAAUAGCGACUACCGCGACUUCCACGGCUUCUUCAACCUCUUCUGGAUCGGCCUCGCCAUCUUGGCCAUAACGUCCAUGCUGCGCAACAUCAAAGAUACCGGGUACCCCUUGCGCGUGGAGAUAUGGAGCUUGUUCACCGUCAAGCUCUGGCACCUGGCCAUUGCCGACCUCCUCAUGGUGGCCACCACUGCCGUCUCCCUUCCCUUGCACCGAGCCUUUCGGGCCGCGCCGGCCGACGGUCCGCUGACGUGGGCCAAGGGCGGCAUGACCAUCAUGAGCAUCUACCAGGUCGUGUGGUUGGCCUUCUGGAUCGCUGUUCCUUUCUUGCUCGAAUGGACCUGGACUUCCCAAGUCUUCUUCCUGCUCCACACCAUGGUGCUGCUGAUGAAGAUGCACUCCUAUGCCUUCUACAACGGCCAUCUGAGCGAGACCGAGAAGCGUCUGCGCGCCCUCGACGAUCCCUCGACCGCAUCGCGGGCCCCUGCCUAUCUUUACCCGACCGCCGACAAUCCCAUGGGCACCAUGGCCAGCCCGAAGAGGGCCGAGGCGAAGGGGGGCAAGGCAGACGGGGAGGGUGGCGCACGGGGGGACGCCGACGAGAUCGCCCAGCUCCGCGAGGUUCUGGCCCGCGAGCUGACAAGCCCCAUCGGUACCAUCACGUACCCGGCCAACUUGACGUGGGGCAAUUACGUCGACUACCUCUGCUGUCCCACCCUGUGCUACGAGAUCGAGUACCCGCGGAAUGACAAGAUCAAUUGGCAGAGCCUCUUCUCCAAGAUCGCCGCCAUCUUCGGCUGCAUCUUCCUCCUCACCGUCAUCUCGGAAGAGUUCAUCCUGCCGGCGCUGGUCGACGCCCAGCGGAGGCUCGACCCCUCGCUCCGCACGGCCGAUUCGCCCCUGACGGCUCUCGAGGUGCUCCUCGUCCUAGCCGAGACCAUCUCGUGGCUGCUCUUCCCCUUCAUGCUGACCUUCCUCCUCGUCUUCCUCGUCAUCUUCGAGUACGUGCUCGGCGCCUGCGCCGAGAUCACGCGGUUCGCCGACCGGCACUUCUACAGCGACUGGUGGAACAGCACCGACUGGAUGGAGUUCUCGCGCGAGUGGAACGUGCCCGUGUACAGCUUCCUCCGCCGCCACGUCUACAGCGCCAGCCGCCCGCACAUCGGCAAGGCCAACGCCACCGUCAUCACCUUCCUGAUCAGCGCCAUCGCCCACGAGAUCGUCAUGGCAUGCAUCACCAAGAAGCUACGCGGCUACGGCUUCGUCUGCCAGAUGCUGCAGCUCCCCAUCGUCAUGCUGCAGCGCACAAAGUGGGUCCGCGGCCGCAAGACGUUCAACAAUGUGUGUUUCUGGUGCAGUAUGAUUCUGGGGCUGAGCCUGAUUUGCUCGCUCUACGUCUUGGUAUGAGGCGAAGGAAAACGAGCCACGAAAAAAAAACUGUUGCAUAUUUUUUUUGCCAGCGGAUGGGGCGGAAGGCGAAGGAGGUAAGGGGAUUCCUGCACAUGGGCACGUGGUACGCUCCGC